UGUUAGCCUAUAUAUAUAUCCUCCUUUGACGCAGGCCACACAGCCCUAGCUCUUGGACUCCGAUCCGAUACAUACAACAUACCCUGUGUUGAAGCGACAGAGCGAGAGAUCGUCUUGAGAGGAUCGGAGAGGUUCCCGGAUUGGAUGAUGUCGUGGGAGCAGCGCAAGAAGGCAGCGGCCGCUCUACAUGAGAAGCUGCAGAUCCUGCGCUCCAUCACUCACUCCCGCGCGCUGAGCGACGCCUCCAUAAUCAUGGACGCGUCGGAGUACAUCAAGGAGCUGAAGCAGAAGGUCGUCAGGCUCAAGCAGGAGAUGGCGUGCGAAGAAGCAGAAGCAGCAGGCGCUCUGCUCAAGCACAGCUCCUCCCCCUCCCCGGUGGUCACUGUGGAAACCCUAGCAGGGGCAGGGAAGCACGGGUUCCUCAUCAACGUGUUGUCUGACAAGAGCUGCCCCGGGCUGCUUGUUUCUAUCCUGGAGGCGUUUGAUGAGCUGGGCCUCAGCGUACUCCAAGCCACGGCGUCUUGUGCGGAUACAUUCCGCCUCGAGGCUGUUGGGGGAGAGAACCAGGUGGAUAAUGUGGAUGAGCAUGUCGUGAAGCAAGCCGUGCUCCAGGCCAUGAGGACCUGCUCAUCACAAGGCUGUCGCCAACAACAAGAGUAGCGCUACUAGCUAGCGUGUGCCAACAUCUCUCUUGGUGUUCUGUUACCUUCUGUCCAUGAUGAUCUGAAGAAACAAAUCUUCAGAGAAUCUGUAGCGUAUAAUUAAUCUCCCAUGUACUAUUAAUUAAUUGGCACUAUAUGCACUACUGCAUGUACCGUGUAGGGUAACAUGCCAUGAUGUAUGAUGUUUUCUAGAUACGUAACUUUUUGAUAUGCACUUAGAUUAUAUGCUAUGUUUAUAAUGAAAACAAGGGUGCAUUUUUUUCCUA